AGGUCUCCGAGAUCCAAAUUUAGAGCUGCAAGGGAGAUACUGUUGGAACGCCGUUGAAUUUUUUUUCUUCUUUCUUCGCUUCCUGAAACCUGUCGACGACUGAAGUGACAGUGUCGGAGAACAGGCCAGAAGUCACACUGUUCCUAAAUCAGAUAAUGGCAUGAGCAGGACAUGGCUCCAGUGGGUGUACCUACUCUCCUGAUGUUGGCAGCUCUGUAUCUGCUGCUCGUCUUGCCAUCAUGCUACCUGCAUGCAUGCCCAAGGUCCUGUAGUUGCCCCAGCCUUAAGGAAGUGCACUGUACCUUCCGCCACCUCCCCUCUGCCCCACGAAACCUACCAGAGGACACAGAGAGACUCAACUUAGGCUAUAACAGCAUUGGCACGAUUGGGUCUUCAGAUUUUGUGAACCUACGGCAAUUGGAAAUGCUUAUGCUCCAUGGAAACGACAUCUCCUCUGUGUCUUCUGGAUCCUUUUACCACCUCCGUUCCCUCCAGAUACUCAAGUUGAGCUACAACAAACUCAAAAGAGUUGAUCCCAGUUUGUUUGAGGGCUUGACAAGCCUUGUACGGCUUCAUUUAGACCACAACCAUAUUGACUUCAUUGAGCCCUUUUCAUUCAGAGGACUCACAUCAUUAAAGCUAUUGCAACUGGAGGGAAACAGACUGCAGGACCUUCACUCUCACACAUUUAUUACUAUCUCAGUCCUUGGCACAUUUUGGAGCUCAGGACUGCGGCACCUGCACCUGGCAGACAACCAACUAGAAUACCUGCUUCCUGGAACUCUGCAGCACUUGCACAGGCUGGAAGUCCUAUCCCUACAUGGAAACCCCUGGGCCUGUGACUGCCACUUACAUUGGCUCUUGGAGUGGGACAAAAAUCAUGAGGGAAUUAUUAAGUGCAAAAAGGACCGCGACUCUGGAGAUGCUGGCAACUGUGCUGCGUGUGCCUCACCACAGCCUUUGAAUAACAGCCAGAUCUUGCAGCUUUCAACCAAACAACUCACCUGUGGCCAACCCUCCCUUCAGUCCCCUCUAAAAAUCGGGGAGAGUAGUGUGUGGGAAGAUCAGGAGCCAGAUUCCCCCUACAUCAAGGACUUGGAGCUUCCUCUUGGCCACCUGACCUUUAUUCUCUCUGACAGCCAUGGGAAUAGAGCACACGUGGCUUGUAAUGUAACACGUCCUGUUGAGGACACCUCCAUGGUGUGGGAGCCAGUGAGGAGAACAGAUGAGAUUGCUGUAAACGUGACUCUACGUACACUGCUGGAGUGUGAAAUCGAUAGAGAUGCUCUUCAGAACCUUUGGAGGUUAGUUGCCUAUUACUACGAGAGCCCAGCUAUUUUGGAACGGGGAACCAGACUUGGAAAUUCUUCCCAGGUGACUUUUCAAUACUCUCAAGCCUCAAAUGAGGAAUCACCAUAUUUUACAGAGCUCAAAGGACACUUAAUAGCUGAACCAGCCUGGCUUUUGCAACCAAGGGUCACCCUUCAGCUGAACAGGCGCAAAACUACAACUAAAAAACUGGUGCUGAUCUUCUCCACUUUUAUAUCAAAGAACAUCAUUGGAAGAGGCGAUGAGGAGGAUGUGGUCUCCUCCUGGGCUAUGAUUCGAAGAGGAGCUCCAGGAAGAAUUCAGUCAGUACUAGAACACUCUGAAGUCAGUCUGGAUUGUAGUGUGCUCAGCACAUGGCAUCAGCAUGUGGAGUGGAUGCUUCCAGACUUAACAACAGUGGAUAAAACUGAUUCCCAUAAAUUAAGGUUGGAGAAUAACAGGCUAGUAAUUAAAAAUGCAAGUAUAGCAGACUCUGGACUUUAUCAUUGCUUUGUGAGGACAGACACUAAUGUAGACAUUGUCUCUUAUAGACUCACAGUCAGGAUGCGUCUGUUAAGUCCCAGUGAUUUAAAUGGAAAGAAGAUGUCUGUGGAAAAUGGGGACACUCUUAGUCUUGCCUGUUUAGUAACAUCUCCUCAUCCAAUUGAGACAAGAUGGUACCUUCCAAACAAUCAAAUUCUCAAAGCAUCAGACAUGAAAGGAAGGGUGUAUGUGUCACUGAACAACACUUUGAUAAUCAAAACACUGACUUACGAGGAUGCUGGAGAGUAUAGCUGUUCAGCAGCUAACCUCUAUGGGGCUGAUAUGUUGUCUCAUCUAAUUGUUGUAACUGGUAAAAAGGAAGCACAAAAAGGUGUUACCGUAUCUAAUGGUGAAUUACCGCUUUUUGAAAGUGAGGAUAGCGAAGGGUCAGGAUAUGAAGAAAUCAAACGACCAACUGCUAAACUAACACCUGAGAGGGUCAGUGGUAAAUACAGAGAGGGCAUUGUCCGACAAAAUGCAAAGGGAAAGAAAAUAAAGGAGAGUGUGAGAAAACCAAAUAACUCUGUCAAAGAGCUUGACCCCAGCCGCUGGGAACAGAUUCUUGCAAAAGCUAAUGCUAAAUUUUCAACCAUGCCACCAGUUACAACGCAACUACAAAUUACAGAAACCUCAAAAACAGUGAGAGAGUUGUCACUGACUACAACAACCAACCCUUCGACAGGUGACAUCUUUGAAACUACUCAAACAGAUGUUACAGCAAGCAGUCCCAGCAUAGGUUCAAGCAUACACAAUUACAAUGCGAAACAGCUGAAACCACCACUCCAAAGUGAGUACGAAAAACAAGAAACUACACAAGGAGAAAAAUCUAAUAACAAGACAAGUGAUUCUAACAUUUCAGAUUUGACUUUAGUACACAUGGACUCAACAACUGUACCUGAACCUAAGACACAGCUGGUAAAACAGGUAGACAGACACACAAUAGAAAAGAAAAUACGGGUUAACAAUAAUUCCAUCUGGAACCAAAGACAAAGAUUCCCAUUAAGGCACCGUAGGCCUCCAUCACGUAGACCACGUCCAAAGAGACCAAAUUUCACUCUAGCUUACACUACAGCAGUACCAUUCACCCAAUCUCCAGUCAAGACUGUGACCACUAACUCUUAUUCUCCAACCCAAAACAAAACAUCAUUGAUUUUAGAAGUUUCUCCUACUCAAUACACAGAAAUUGAAAGCUUAGCCAUGGCUGUCACAGAAGAUCCUCUUAAAACACCUAUAACAACAAUCAUAAAACAGGAGAAGCUUAAUGAAUUUAAAGGAAAAACGAAAAACAUUGUUCAGCUCCUAAGUACAACACCUCUGCAAGAAACUGAAGUAGUUCCUGCUACACUUGCUCCCAGACAGAUCAACAGGUAUGGGCAUGAAAACAGAGAGAUCAUUUUUAGAACUAAUAGCCACCCAAAUGACAAUAAAACACGGCAGAUUUCAGCAACAGCCAUUCCUAAUCUUCAAACCAGUAACAUAAAUGCUUCAGAAACAAAAAGUAAACAUACUGGGAAAUCAACCUUAACUAAAGUGGACCAACCAAGUGUUUACAAUUGGGGGAUGUAUCCUGAAGGUGUGCCUAUUCACCCUUGGCUAAUCCAAAAGAAUACACCAAAAAAACAAAUCUCAAUUACACCACAUCCCUACACUCAAUCUCCAUACUGGGCCAAGAACUAUGGCAUUCCCUUCUGGCCCACAGUUCAUAGCUCAAGACACCACCACUCCCAAGACAAAACUUGGUAUUUCCAACAAAGGGGUGCAGGGGUCACCAACUGGCCUGAAAUCACUGCUCAAACAGCAAAGCCCACAGCUUACAUUUCUGGGUCAGCAACAGCUUCCUUUCUGAGGACCAUAGCUCCACAUGUCAGCUCGUCUAACGUACGCAACCACUUACUUUUCAACAGGCUCAGAAACAGAUAUAGACAAUCACAGCUUGAUGCAUAUCGACAAGCCCAGCUGGGAAAGACUGUCACUUCUAAGUCAAUGACAUAUUAUCCCACCACACAGCCUCACCAAGCACCAAAUGUCCCAAACACCUACAAGCCUGUGACUCCCCCAUCCUUACUAGCAUUUACAAACAAACCACCUUCCACAGCAAGCGUAUCCUAUGGUAGUCGCUGGCACUACAGUCAUUUUGGAACAAAGAUCACUGCGAUUCCCUUUCCAAACCUGAUGGGCCGUGGUGUCAAACCCAGGAUCACAGCAACUGAAUCCGUAACUGUAUCUGCUCUAGCUGAGGCUGAUGUGCUCUUGUCCUGUAGAUCAUCUGGGGACCCCAAACCUGUUGUUUCAUGGACCAAAGUUUCAACAGGUGCAACAAUUCAGACCAACACAAAACUUGGACAAAGAUUUGAGGUCCUUUCAAAUGGCACUUUUGUGAUUAAAAAUGUCCAGCUGCAAGACAGGGGCCAGUACCUUUGCACAGCUCAAAACAAAUUUGGCUCAGACCGCAUGGUAGUUACCCUUGUUGUCCAGACUCAGCCUCCAAAAAUCAUGAGCUCAAGGGCCAGAGAUGUCUCAGUGUUUUUGGGAAACCCAGUCAGCUUGGACUGUAUUGCCUUGGGUAAACCAGAAGCUCAGAUUUCAUGGAUUCUUCCAGAUAGGACAUUUGUGCGAGACAUUGGUACCCUUGACCGAAGAAUAUCUCUUCUUCCAAAUGGAACACUGAGUAUUCAUUCAGCAAACCUUUCUAAUAAAGGUGAUUAUAAGUGCAUUGCCAGCAAUGUAGCAGGAGCUGAUACACUCACAUACCACAUCCGUGUUGCAGCGCUACCUCCAAUAAUCGUUGAAAUGUCAUCUGAGACAAUGUUUACAAAUGUUGGAAGAAACGUAUAUGUGGAUUGCACUGCUAAAGGAGAGCCAUUCCCUCUUAUUAAGUGGGUUCUCCCUGAUGGUUUACAAAUCAAGCCCACACAGUUUAUUGGAAGCCGGAUAUUUAUUUUCCCAAAUGGAACACUUUAUAUAAAGAACGUCACUCCCAGUGAUUCAGGGAGGUAUGAGUGCUCAGCAACCAACCCAGUGGGUUUUGUUAAAAGAACGGUGCAGAUGGAUGUUAAGCAAGAGGCUCCUGGCCCCUGGAAAGGCCUAUACCAGCAACACAGUGUCAAGGCAAUAUAUGGAUCCACAGUUUUCCUGCAUUGUCCAGAGUCCAUGGGUUCCCACAGAGGUACAGUCUGGAGACUGCCAUCUAAAACCAUACUGGAAUAUCAGUACAGUCCACAAAGGCACAUCACUGCAUUCCCUAAUGGCACUCUGAGAAUUCUGAGACUGACUGAGAAAGAUGGAGGCAAUUAUUUUUGCAUGUAUCAAAGACCAAAUGGUGAGGACAUGGAGCUGUUUCAAGUAGAAGUUCUCAUGAGGCCACCAAAGAUAGAGAACAAUGGAGCACAUCAUAAAAGAAUAGCUAAUGGAGACAACUUCUUGGUUGACUGUGUAGCUUCUGGCCUUCCAGACCCUGCGGUUUCAUGGAGCCUUCCAGAUGGCACCAUGAUCACCAAUGCCCUUCAGUCGGAUGACAGCGGAUCCCGUAACCGGCGCUAUAUCAUCUUUGGGAAUGGAACGCUUUUGUUGCAACAAAUGGGAAAAAAGGAUGAAGGUAACUAUACAUGCUUCGCUAAGAACAACCUGGGGGAGGAUGCAAUGAAAGUAAAUGUCCAAGUGGUGCAAAACUCAGUCCAAAUAUCUUCUAAAGAGCAGGUAACCAUGCAAGGACUUUUCGGGCAAUCAGUCCAAAUGAAGUGUGAUGCUACAGGUGUUUUACCACCUACGAUCAUCUGGAUCUCACCAAGGAAUGAGAUAAUUACCUCAUCUUCGGUCAAAUACCAAAUCCUAAACGAUGGGACUCUGAUCAUAAAAAAACUGACUUUGGCUGACCAGGGAAAGUAUGCCUGUGUGGCACGGAACCUAGCCGGAGAUUACAUCAAGAAUGUGAAGCUUCAAGUUGAUGUUAAUGGGCCGCAAAUCAAUGGACAGAGUGGGCGAACAGAGAACAAAGUUUUAGCAGUGUAUUACCAGACACUACUGCUGGACUGCAAAGCAGAGGGUAUGCCUGAGCCACAGGUCACCUGGACCACACCUUAUAGCAUGUCUCUACCCACCCCAUAUUUGGGAGGCAGGUUCCAAGUCCACAGGAAUGGCACUCUUGAAUUGAGGGGCAUUCGAAAGACUGAUGAAGGUCGGUUUCUGUGCGUAGCCAAGAACUUCUUAGGGGAAGCAAGUCUAGUAGUUGACCUGGAAGUAGCAUCACUUGCUGAGAAGCCGAGCUUUUCAGUGCCAAAUAUAGAGGUUCUUCCUCUCAAACCAGAUGGUGAUGACAUUUCUUUGGAGUGUCGUGCUACAGGAAAACCAAAGCCAGAGUUUCUUUGGAUUCUACCCAAUGGAACAGCACUGAAUCCAGGCAUGAAACUUCAACGGUUCACUCACUUCCUGGGAAAUGGUACUUUACACAUUAUGCAACCAGGUGUCAUUGACAAAGGUGUAUAUCGAUGCUUGGCCAAAAAUGUAGCUGGACAAGGAGAAAAGCGCUAUGCUUUAGAACCUGGACAGAAGCCUCAAAUUAGAAAUAGUGCUACUGCAAUGAAGCUUUCAUUUGGGCAGACACUGAAUAUGCCAUGUAAUACGGAUGGUUGGCCUCAGGCAGCAAUUACCUGGACUCUUCCAAAUGGCCUGGUCUUGGGCAAGCCUCAAGUUAUUGGAAGAGUAACAUAUUUAUCUAAUGGCACACUUCAGGUAAAAGAAACUUCCAAAUUUGAUAGAGGAACAUAUACCUGCAAAGCCACAAACACAUUUGGAUCAUCAACAUUGUCAUAUCCAGUGAGUAUUAUGGUGUUUCCACCUCAAAUCACUCAAGCCCCACCUUCCAUAACCAGAGUUAACAGGGGGUCUCCUGUCAUUCUGAACUGCAUAGCUGCUGGCAUACCCAAACCAGACAUUUCUUGGACUCUGCCUGGACGAACCACACUUGUACCCAAUAGUCGCUUCACAGCACAGAAUGGAAUUCACAUGACAGAGGAGGGAAAUUUGGUAAUACAGGACCCAGGCCUCAUGAACUCAGGGAUUUACAAAUGUAAUGCUAGAAAUGCCUUGGGAACGGACUUCAAAGCAACAUACCUUCAAGUGAUCUGAGCAAUAGACAGAAAUCCAUUAGAUGAUAUAGAUGUAACCUAAUUUCCAGAAAAGAUGGGACCUUUUGUAAAAUGCAAUAAAAUCUGUGUUAAA